GUAGUCACGUGAACAAGGAGGCUAGACAUUUUUGAGUUAAUGCCAUUUCCGUUUCCAAGAUUUCCGGUAAAAAUAACCGCUGUUUACAUCAAUAUUUGCGCGCAUUUGACUACGUUUAAGGUAGGAAUAAGGUACUAAACUUAUUUUUUUUAUAAUUAGAGACAUUCAAGGAGAAAUUAAUACCAUAUAAAUAGGUUUUAAGUGAGUUUAAGUGGCCUAAACGCCUUCAACGCUCACUGUCAAACAAACAGGAUGUUGAACGUGGGGAGGUUAGGCCGGAAGUAUUCUUCAUAAACAUCCGUUUUGUUUGACCAUUUCCUCUUCCUUUCUUUAUUAUUUCUAAUUUGGAAAAGGCACCAGUUUAAACAGAAAUCACUUUGUCUUUUACAUUUCACGUUUCAGAUGUUUCCCAAGUCCUAUACCUUACAAGCCACCUAUCCGCCAUUUUGGCUGAUGUGGUGGCCUACUUUUACAAAUCAGCAAUCUCGCCAUGUCGGUCAGGGCCGCCACAUUUUGAAAGUCGCUUGCUCUCAAUUGUCGCAGCAUAUGCCACCUGAUAAAACUUAAAACAAAAGUAAUAUAAUUUUCAAUGUCCAUAUCGAAACCGUUAUUCCCAAGCUUUCCUUAUACUUUUACUUUUGCUAAAUUUUUUUCUUCGGGUUAUUACGAUUAUCCCAUCAUCUGGUCCUAUUUAAUUUUACAGUGAAAUGAGCAUGCGGUGUGAGUGAGUGGUUCUCAGUUCACUAGUCUACAGAGUCUAGUAUUAGUGGCCAAUAUGGUGGACAUGAGCAGUGACUUUUUACACACUAAUGAUAGUAAUACAUUUUGAAACACUGUCUAUGUAAAUGUUGAAUAGCUUAUCUUUAGUGAUUUAGUAGUUGGUCCAUUUGGCUCCAAGGCCCCUCAUACUCAUACUAUACUUCGCUUACACUCAUUUAUGAUUUGAUGAUGGACCAAUGUUCUCAGAUUAAUUAUAUUAUUAAGAAUGUGACUUAACUUGAUCUGUUUUAGUUGUAGGCCUAGUUUUUCAUACCGUUUUUCAGACAGGCCUAGGCUGCGAUGACGCCUUGAUUAUAAUUGUGUAUUGUGUUACAAUUUUGUGACAAUUCAAAAAGUAGUUUGGUUUGGGGCAGGACUUUAAAUUGGGAAAGUUCAAGACAGGAAUCUGUUGGCCCAUCUAUUUUUGACGACAAAUUGCAGAUUGGUGUUGAAUCUUAAUUUGAUGAAAAUCAAACUUUAAACUAUCUAUUUUGAAUUAAAAGUUGUUUAUCAAUUUAAACUGAAGUAAGCAUUUUAGAAUCCAUGCACACCAUAAAAGGAAGAGUAUUGAUCACUACAAUGGAUUUGUGUCGAUAUAAAUAUAUAUAAACAUAAUUCUAAACCAGCUACAUAAAUAGGGUCACCACUGCCUCGUAUUCUAGUGAUUUGACCUGAGUCACUUGUAUUUUUCAUUUUUAUCAUUAUCAUUAAGUAUGAGACUUAUAUUAAUUAAAAAUUAAUCUUUAAUGCGUUCAUUUUCUUAACUGUUAAAAAUCUUGUUAAAAGUGGAUCCUCCACAUUUGGUCAUGGUAUUUCGUGUUGUUUGUCGCCAUAGCCGUUUUUUUAUGUUAAUUAUUACAAUUUGAUUAAGGCAGUGUCUGCGCGCCGGACGUCUAUCUCCCGCACUAUUAGUCCGGCGACCAAGUCACAUGACCGCCGUAACAAAGUGGCGAGAGAUAUCUUGUCGGUCAGCCUUGUCACGUGACUGCGAAUAAUUCAAAACUAUUGUUAAUUUUCAAAUCUAUUUCUCUACCAAGUAAUGUACUGAGUAUCUUGCAUGCAAAUAAUAGAAAAAAACUUAAGUGAAAGUGGUUUGUAAACAUUUUUGUUUAGUUUGUUAUUUGAGUUUGUGCACCAGUAAUCCAUAAAAUAAAUUAGGGGCCAGUGUGGAGUAGGCAACCAAUAAAAGUAAAAGAUUUCAUUUUAAAUUGUUACAAAAUAUUUAAAAAAUUCUCAAGAAACUACUGUUGCUGAUGAACAUGAUAAUAUAAAUAUAGUAUAAAAUAUUUUACAUUAAAAUGGGAGAAAAAAAAAACAAUCCUAUCCCCGAUAUUGAACCUCAAAUCAUAAUAUCGUCAAGCGACCAUUCUACCACUAGACCACGCAAGAUCUGCCUAACUGCACUUCGUUCGGGCGUGUAGACAUUUCGUUUGAUUAAUCUCUGGAGUGAUCAUUCUCUUCAUGUUAUAUUUAUAAACUUUAAGGACUUCGGUAUCGCCCCGGAAACACCAGAAAAAAAGGUUUCGUAUUUUCGUUGUCAAAUUGGUGACCUCACUUUUUAAUUUACCUAGGAUAUCGUUGUUUUGCCUUUUAUAGUCAGUUUUUAGCAGAAUGUUAAAUUCUACAUCCGUCAAUUACUUAAAGUCAACAUCUUGCUUGUUCUAUUGAGAAUUCAUUUGUUUUUAUUUUUUUCGAGUUUCAAGCUUUGAAAAUUGAGGUUAAAAAUAGGUCAACUUUACUGAUCAAUAACUUUUUUAAAAAGAUGUGUUCCAUGAUAAAUAAAAAAAAAGCGCUCAUUAAUUUUAUAGGUUCAUUUAUAACAUAUCCAAAAUUCAUGAGUGUAGACUAAAGGGGAGUUUCAAAAACAAAAAUCUCAGAGGUCACAUUUUUAGGCUAUGUAAUUUGUCAUCAACGCCACCAUGUUUGUAUGCUUAUUACUUAUUAUCGAUAGCGGCCGCCUAGUAAUAAUGCCACUUACCUUUGACUUAGACAAGCCUAAGCCUAGUUAAGUAUUAUAAUAGUAAUAAUACUAUUAUAAAUGAUUAGGGGAGUGGGAUAAAUAGCCUUUAUUACAACAAUAAUAAUGUUUAUCUAUAUAUUAUAAUAGUAGUAUAUAAUUCAGGCCUAGUCCCAACCCAGCUUACUAUUUGUGGACCUAUUAUUAUUAUAUAAAUGAUAUUUUAGGCUAUGCAACCAUAUUUUAAUAAAUAUAUUAUGAUUCUUCAGGUUUAAUUUUAAAAAAUGGAAAACAAUUAUUCACUUAACUUUGGUAUUGAAAUGUCCUAUAUUUAAUCACAUAUGACAAUAUUCCACAAGAGAAUUAUUAUAUAAUCUUCAGUAUGCUCAAAGAAAUAACACAAUUUCUGCCACAGUAAUCCUAGCAUUACUUAAGAUAUUACUGAAGAACAAUCAUAAAAACAUGUACUUACCUCAAGCUAAUGACUAGAACUUAUAUUUAUUUCUAUCAACUGCCAAAGUUGAUACUGUCAAUACAUUGAUUUGUGAAACAAGAUUACUAACUUCAAAGAAAUUACAUACUUUUUUUUGGUCAUAUUCAGACACACAUGAUGUGGUACUUAAAUACAUAUAUAGAGUUUUUUAUACUUAAAAAUGUUAAACAUGCCACUGAAAAUUUGAAAUUAAUAUCUAACGAAUAUUUUUAAUAUUAUUACUUUUGGGAAGUCUACAAAAAAAUAUUUUAAUUAAAUUAAUUAAGCAAUACAAAUAAGGGACGAGUCAGCUUAUUUUAUAUAUUUUAAUGGGAAAAUUAUGAUUUUAAAAAAAAAUUGCGGAAUAUUAGGCGAGAUAUUUUCUGUGCUUUUUCUCCUUUUCGGAGGUAUUUUGUUACCCACAUUAGUGCGCCAUGGCUGUGGCGCUAUGCUCAAAAGCAGUGAUCCCCCUCCAAAUCGUGGUCCAUGAACCAGCUGCGGUCUGCGAGCCUUAUGUUGGUGGUUUGCACAAUAUAAAUAUUAAGUGUCAAAUAAAAAGAGAAGAAAAAAAUUAUUUUAGCUGCAUUGUCACAGUAACUGUCUAAUAUGGUUAGAAUGUGGUUAUUCUAUUAAAAAUCAAGUUAUUUAUCUACUAGUAGUGCAUUUAAAGUACCAUUCAUCAGUAACUCUUUCUUCCCAGGAAAAUGAAAAGAGCAGCAUCGCCUGCACUGAUGGAAGUGGUGGCGGAGGGUGUGGACCCAAAUGAAACUGAAGUAAUCACAGAGAUUGUUACAGAGAUUCCUGUGCAAGACAUCAAACGACAGAGAACAGAAGAAGAAGUUUGCCUUGAUGAUGGGUGAUUAUGAUUUAAUAAAUAAUUAGCAUUUUGAGUCUCUUUGUCAGCCCAGUAUUAUCUUGACUGAUCGGGAAAGCUGAACAUUUUGAUUUCUGUUCUGGAGCUUCAUAUAAGCAUAAAGAUGCCCACAUGCUUCAAAAUAAUGGAAAUUCAGUAUAGGCAUCUAAAAACUUUUAUUGCUGUAAAAAUUAGUGCUUAGUUAGUAAACUUUUGGGUGUCAACUUUGGCAUCAGCUUUUGGUCAGAAUUAGAUUACUGCGUACAUAUCUCUAGCUAAUCAUUGCACAUAUGCAGUUCCCAGUUUAGUUGAAGAAAGAAGAUUUUAGUUUUUUUUUCCUCCAUCAGUCUUAUUCCUCAAACUAAAAGGCUUAUUUAAGGAUUUAGAUUAUUAAAAAUAUAUAUUAAAAAAAAAAAAAAUUAUGAGUCUAUUUGAUCAUUUUAGUUGCUCAACAAAUCCAUGUUUGUAUUUAAUUUUGACAGCAUCAUUUAUGAUGAUGAAAUCAUGCAGCCUCAGCAGCCACCUCCACAGUAUCAAAACUUGAUAAUUCAGCACAUGGAUAUUGCUGAACCUCUGUUAACUCUCAAACGUUUGCUUGAGAUCAGACUACAAUGUUCUUUGGCAGAUCACCAAUUUUAUUUACAAGAUUCUAUAGAGGUAAAGAAAUUUUAGAUGGGGAUACGAAUACAAAGCAAGAGUUUUAUUUAUGAAGCUGGCAGUGUUUCUGCCUUAAUUUAUGGCUCGGCCUAAUGUUUUAUCGUUAAGUUAUUUUAUAAAUUAUUGUCUGUUUCUUCAACAAUAAGGAACUGGUUAAUAUAGAGCAAAACAGUUGAGAGAAAUAUGAUUGUAGAGAUGAUUAAAAUAAAAUAAUGGACAUUCCCGAAAUAAUACAUUUUUUUUGUACUGUGUUAUUGUAUUUUAAAUCAAAGAUUACUUUUAUUUGUGAAUUUAAAUAUGUCGGUUAGUUCAAAACCAAUAGAAUUUGUUGUAUAUAGAGAUUUAAAAAAAAUGCAUUUAAAAAUAUCUUUUGCAGCUUGACAGUAACAAAAGUCUUGUUGACCAGUGUGUACAAGGAGAGGGAAUGGUUCAAAUCAAUUUGGAGGUGAAAUCUCAACCAGGGGUGAAACCUAAGAUUAACAUCCUAGACAUUCUCAAGACGGCAGAAGACGAAGUAGCUGAAAAGUAUGGUAAGUUCCGCCCACUUGAUACAUUCUACAUCAAUGAUUCUGCACAUUUAAGUUACAACAGAUUAUCUGUGGCUGUAUGUUUCAACUGAUAGCACAAUUUCUGUUGUUCUGGACAUGCCACCCUACUCAAAUGAUAUAUUUUUUGUUGUAAAAGUCAAAAAAACUUACAAUCAUUUUUAUUAAGUGCUGGUAAAUGGAACUUCAAUAAAUUAUUAAUUAAACCAGUGGGCUAGAUCUAGUCCCCCAUGACUUGCCUGGAUGCUUCAAUGCUACCCUAGUAACACCAACAAAUAUGGAACUGGACAUGAACCAUUUAUUUUGCAAUCAACUGGCCAAUGCUGCCACAGCGAAAUAUAAAUAUUUCAUAAAAACCACUCAUUUUGUAUAAAGUUUCGGUAAAUGGAACUUAAAAUAAAAUAAUUAAACCAGUGGGCUAGAUCGGUUCCCCAUGGGCCCUUAACCUGAUUUGCCUAGAUGCUUCACUGGUACCCUAGUAGCGCACUGACAAAUAUGGUACUGGACAUGAACCAUUUAUUUUGCAAACAGCAGGCCAAUGCUUCCCAUUGGUAUACAAAUAUUUUUUUGGAUCAACAUUAUUGAUGUUCAUUGUAAAUGUUGUAGGCAAUUGUUUUUUUUGUUGUUUUUUUCCUUUUACAAAAUUUAUUAUAUGUGCAGUGUGCAUGGGGAUUCGCUUAUAUUUUAAAAAAAUUUAAGCCUUGGAAAAUUAAACUAAUUUUAUUGUCCAUUAUUGUAGGAAAAGGAGACUGAUAAUACGAACAUUUUUUUUAACUUCAACAGAGCAGGCAAUGCAAUCUAAUCAGUCCCAAAAUGCAAAAGUUGUAAUACCCCUUCCUGAGGAGUCAGAGAAUGUCACAAGAUGGAUUGUUGAUCAAAGUUUCAGACGAGAUCAAGAGAGAUUGAAAAUUCCUUUUGGUAACAUUUAUAAAGAAUAAUUGUUCAAUGUUUGUAAUUUGACACCCUUCUGAUUUAUGAUUGAAAAUAUAAAUUGGGACACUUGAACAACAUAAUCUAUGUUACGAAAAAAAAUAUGUGUUUGGCUCGAUUCAGCGAAAUUAUUUUUUUGUUUGUUGUGAUGUUAACCAUAAUUGGUUACCCUGGAUAUCUGAAGAAAAAUUAUCAAAACAAACGAGAUAAGUUUGACUUCAGUCAGAUUGCCCUUCAGUAAUCAAGUCUUAGAAAUAAUUAAUUACACAUAUUUACAUUAUCACUGUUGAUUUUGUGAAAGUUGACGUAAAUUGAAAGGAUUAGUUUUGCUAUUCUUUUGACUGUUCCCCCCAUUAAUUAACCAGUCAGUGUAUUGAGUCUAGUCUAGGGUGAGAUUAGAAAAAAAAAUCCCUUACGUUACUUAAAAUAUAUCUAACAGUUGAAAAAGUUGUAUGCUAUUAAAGGAUUAACUAAUCACUUAUUUGCUUCAGAUCCUGCCCAGUGGAGUGAGCUUCAUGUCAAACAUUGGAUACAAUGGGCUGUAAAAGAGUUCCGGUUGCAGAGUGUCAAUAUUGAUGCUUUUAAUUUUAAUGGAGAGCAGCUGUGUGCAAUGACACAUCCAGAGUUUGUUCAACACAUUCCAAAUGAUCCCGGUGACAUCUUCUGGACGCAUCUUGAGCUGUUACGAAAAUGCAAAUUUGUUGGUUAGUGUUCAUGUGACUUUCCUGCUAGUUUUUUUAUUUAGAUGCAUAAUUUGUGGGCUUAGAUAGAAUGUGGGGAAACUAAAUGGGAAACAAUAUUUCAAAUGCCAAGGUAUCUUUGAAUAUACCUGCCAUAAUGUGUUAUUCAAAACAAUGUAUUUGAUUGGUUAGUUAGCAGUAAUUUUUUUGUUUUAGUCUGUAAAUGGAAUUAUCUUGAUCCACAUUGUUAUAUUUAAAAUAGGUUUAACAUUAAAAACCCAUCCACAGCUGGCAGAAACAAGGGCAUUUAAUUGAACUGUUGUUGUUUUUUUUCAGCUGUGAUGCAACAACCUACCCCACAUGCCAUUACAACGAUAACAGUUUCCACUUCAGAUGGGGAUGGUAAAUAUGGUGAGUCUAUCCUACUGUUACAGUCUUUUCAUUUUUAAUCAAAUUUAAAGUGAAGGUUAUUGGUAUUCAUCUAACUCCAAACAAUGUUUUUUUAAAACAAAAUUAACUAUUUAGUUAUAAUCAACUUAAAUCAUACAUGUGUGGCUUCAACAAAUCAAGCAUGAAAAAAUUUGAUCUCUGGUUAUGGGUUCUCAGGCUCCACAUUGGGGGUCAUUUGUUACCCGGAUUUUUGUUGCCAUUGGGGACAACUAUCUUGAUUAGUAACAGGGAAAGGAGUACCAACCUCUUUUCUAUUAGGGGUAUUUUAUGAAUGGCCAUUUUUGCAGUCAUUUUUUUAUACUAGUAAUCCAAUAUUGAAAAUUCACUACAUUACUCUUUUUGCCCUCUUGGAUACAUCUCAGAUAAGUUUUAUAUAUUUGUAACUCUUUGAUUGUACUGUUUGCUGAAGAAGGCAUUGUGCUGACAGGUUAGUUGUUUUGUUGCUUACUUUUUCCAGGUUUUCCUUACCUUGUUUUACAUUUUUCCUAUUAGCUAACUUUAUUGCAGUCUCCCUCCUUAUAAACAUACAAAAAUGACCAAAUGAUAAAUGUGUUUCAAAACUUUUUGUCAGGGAGGGUAAGAUCUGUUGGAAAGCACCGACCUAGAUCACCUCGGAUUACAGGUGAAGAAAGAAUGUCACCAGGAAAUAGAACAGGUAUUCAGGAAAACGCAUAAAUUCUGAUGUCAGUAGUUAGUGUAACUUAAAUUAAAUUAUUUUUUGUUUCAGGUUAAACUGUACAAUGAUUAUGUUAUUUCUUAUUCAAUCCUCAUAGAUUGGGGUUAUCAUUGUGUUACACUAGAUUCACAUUUAAGAUUUUGUUUAAAUAUUCUACAAACAAUUAUUUUAUUCCAUGGGUGCUUCCAGAUGUUGGUUGUAAGAAACUGUUUGAUGGGCACUGUUAUAGUUGAGUUGAUGUGAGUUUAAUUAUUUUCAUCAAUGACAGGAAACAAUGGUCAGAUUCAGUUGUGGCAGUUUCUCCUUGAGUUGUUGACAGACAAAAUGUGUCGUGAAGUGAUAGCCUGGGUAGGGGAGGAAGGAGAGUUUAAGCUGGUCAACCCAGAGGUGGUGGCGCAGAUGUGGGGCCAGAGAAAAAACAAGCCGACCAUGAACUAUGAGAAGUUGUCUCGGGCAUUGCGAUACUACUAUGACGGGGACAUGAUCGCAAAGGUACGUAAUGUAAGUCCAUCUUUCUUUCCAUUCUUGCUUUCUAUCCUUUUAUUUAUAAGUAUGUAAGAAUAAAAAUGAAUUUCCAUAAAAGAAAAAUUUCAAAAAAAAAGGAAAAACAAGAUUUUUACUGCACCUCCAAAUCAUUGUGUUAAAAUUUUGUUUAGAGAUACUUCUAAUCAUCAUACUAAAUAUAGGAAAUGCUUCAGUGGACAUUCAUAAAAGGACAAAAUAUUACAUAUUGGCUGUUAUUUUAAAGAAAAAACUUUUGGAAUUUUAUAAUUUCUUUGUCUUUCAUUUCUUUGUCACAAUUCACAGUUAAUCCUAUGCGCUAUGCCAUAAUCCUUUGUAUUGCCCCUCAGGUUCAUGGGAAAAGAUUUGUUUACAAAUUUGUUUGUGACCUAAAGAUGCUGCUAGGAUACACAGCAGCUGAGCUGAGCCGGCUCGUGGGAACAUCUGAGGAGAUUUCAGUCGUGGACAGGCGCACCCCCCAGACUCACCACAUGCGAGCACGUAACACAUACAUCGCCACUAUUAAAUCUGACGCCCAUGCGGCCGCCAGGCUGAUUGAGCAGCAGGCGGCCACCUCACGUAUCAUUGAGCAGAGGACACAGGUGGUUCAGACGGUGGACUGACUAUAUGAACCUGUAUGAAGUGAGACUAAAUGAAACUCUGCAAGGUAGCAAAUGUGAAGAUGAGUGUGGCACAAGGGUUGCUUGGCUGGUCAGGUCAGGAAGUAAGCUUAUGGAACGAGUUGUGUGCAUAAGGCAGUGUGUGAGCUUGUGUGUAAAUACAUUAUAGAAAUUGGACUUGUCACCUCUGUUUAUAGAAAAUGUUGAUAUAAUUACAGCAUAAAGUAAAGUGCUGAUUAUGACAAGAAAAGUUUAAUUACGGGCAAGCACACCUGUACACACAGCUAGUGUAUAAAUAGCAGGACCUCUCAAAUUAUGAGAAUUGUGUACAUAAUAAAUUAUUGUAUAUACACCUCUGUUAGAAAUAUUAAAUUUAAAUGAGUCAUUUAAAUGGAACAGAUAGUUUAAGUGACUCAAAUCUUAAUUGUGCAAAGUGGUGAUAAACAUUGCUUGAUGAAUGUUCUGUGUAACAACAUUGCCAUAGGUCUGCUCAUCAAUGCUUUUAUUUGACCUGUUUAACCACAGAGGGUUGCCACUCAAAUGUUUUAUUGUAAAAUAUUGUUUGGUUUAACAACAAAAAAAUUGUUUAUUAAGUGAAUCAUUAUAUAAUUUUGAGAUUUAUUUUGUCCAGCUACCCCAACAUCAAGACUUUAACAAUUGGUCCCAUUUAUUUGCAAAACCUACUUCAAAUUUUGAAGUCCUGCUCAAAUGGUUAGGCGUGGACAUGAUAUGUGUCAAGUAAAAUUAUGAUUUAGUUAUAACUAUUUAGCCUUACCCCUAGGGUAUUUAAAACAUUUUGUCUUAAAUAUUGAAAAAUUGGUGGAAUUCAUUAUGUUAAUUAAUUUUGAUAGUAGGGUGAUUCAUUAAGUCUUCCCUCACCACUGUGAAAAGUCAUAGUUAAUAAUGAUAAACUAUUUUACAUUUUGGAGAAAUCUUUUAAAUCAUUAAACAUGAUUUCCCUAAAACUUUGCUGUGAAACAUGAAAAUUUGUCUUUUAGUGUUUAUGACUAUAACAUUUGCAUCGCCAUCUUUAGAAAUCUAAUCAGUAAAAUAUUUUAUAGGGGGUACCUGGGACUGUGGGGAACAGCAAUUUUGUUAUUUUUAGUCCAUACAAUGCAAUACUACCAGCUGUGGUAAAUUGGCUAUUCCCAGAAGUCAAAAAGUAUACAGCUGACUGUCAUUAGGAAUUUAGGCAUACCUCAAUGGCAAUAUGAAAGAAAAAAUAAACAUCUUAUUUUAAAUGUUUUGUUUGAAAUUAGUAUUUAUGGGUAGUUUUGCAAGGUGUAGAUUUUUAUCUCUCUUAGCUUUCAAAGUUUUGACCAUGGAGAUAUGAUUCAGUUGGCUAUUUUUGUUAUUGUAGUUAUUGAACAUUUAUUUAUUUCAUAUGGAAAGGCUGCCCUUUUUUUUGUGUAUAUUUUCCCAUAUGAUUAUAAUAUAAUCCCAUCAUGGUGUCUAGGUAGUGAAUUUGAUCACAUAGCAUUAAUGAAAGACCAUAUGACAUAAUGUUUCCAUGAGUAGAUGUGUUUUGUGAAUGGUAGGAUAUUUCAUUAUGUAACAAAUGUAAUCCCAUUGACCUAAUACAAUGUGCCUCAUGAUGAGCUCAAGUGAACAGCUGAUGUGAGCCCCUCAACUUCAUACAGGCAAUAAGUGUAUUGGCACAGCAUGUAUAUACAAUGAUUGUCUCAAUUUUUAUGUUUGAUCCAAUAAUUUAAUAUGCAACUGUCCAUUAGUGGCUUGUACAGGGAUUUCUUAACUGUCCAUGGAAUCUUGAUAUAAGUUUUAUCAAGAUACCAAAAAGGCAAUGGGAGAAAUGCCAUGUAUGUGACCAAGGGUCGGAACUUUUACAGCAGCUCAUUUAUUUUAUAAUUGCCCAUUGAUACAUUUUUUUCCCCAGUAUUUUCAUACUCGAAUGAAAAUAUGGAAUGAAUAUGUGUGUAAGCUGCUUUCUUCAAAAAUGGCUAUUUUAAGAUGUGUGCGCGAAAAAUAAUUUCAGCCCCUACUUUACAUUUUAUUUUGUUUAUUGGUGCAAAUCUUUGGACUAAAAAAUGAUUUCAUAUAUUAAAUUAUUUGAUUUAAAAAACAAAAAACUACAAAGGUAUUUUUAAGUUGCUUAUGUAGGGUUAUCAGCUAUAAAGGUUGAGUAUUUUUAUUAGUAUUUGUAAUGUAUAUCGCUACAUAACAUCUCUUGGCUUUGGAUCCUGGUUAUGUAAGUGAAGGCCCUGUACUGAUUCCAAUUUUGUGUUUGUCAAAUGAAUGUUUGGCUGUAAUACUAGCCCUGCUUGUCUUUGCCUCUUUUAAGAGCAUUUUUUGUCUUUCACUGCAUUUUGGUGAUGUUCUAGAGACCAGCCGUUAAAAUCACUUUGACAUUUCUCACUUAUGUUUGUCAGUCUUGAGAAUUAGCAGAUACCGGUAAUCAGUUGGAGGGGUUGUAGAAAUGGAAACGUUUGCCAUUAAAUUGAGCCUUUUCUUGGUUGUUUAUUUCAACAGACAAAAAUUUGUACCCUAACCUUAGAUGUCAGUUUUCUGUUUGCUUGAUAGCUCUCGUGGCACACAGACUAGCGCCAUUUGAAAAAAACUAAUCUAGUUAUUUUGAUUAAAAAUCUGUAGCAGUCACUGUCCAAUAGCUGCGGACAUUAUUUUGAACAAUACUUGCAUGUUCUCCAAAUAUCAACUUAAGAAAUGAGAGGUACUUUGAAUAGAAGGGAAGUUUUCUGGAACUGUCUGUACUCAAAUUGUUACAUCAUCAUCUCUUUGUCCUGCAUUUAGCUUUAUUAUUGUCCAAUUACAAUUUACGAACAUCAUCUUUUUCCAAAUUUGUUCUCUACUUUCAUAUUGCCAAGACAUUUUUCUCAGUUAUAAGAGAUCUCUAACUUUUGAAGAAGCUGAUAUGUCAGUAAUAUUCUUUCUUACUUCAAUAUAUCAUGCCUACAUGUAACUGGUGAUGAAAUCAAAACAGAAUUUUUGUUUAGGUUUUUGUUAUAAGUUUAUAAAGCAUGAAAUAUUUCAGAUUAACAAAGAUUCCUAAUAUUUGAUUUAUAAAUGGCAGCAUGCCUCAGUUUGACAAACUUUACUUAAUUAUUUUUUUUAAAAGGCAGUGGUGUGGCUAGAGUUCGUGUCCGCUAGGGUGAGCUUUUCUUAGCCAUUUUUAUAGAAGCCUAUAUUGAUCUCAUAAUGAAAAUAUUAAUUCCUUAACCUAAAAGAAUUAGUUCUAUAAAAUGGCCAUCUCAGUGCAAACAAGAAAGCAAUUUGAUAGUUUAGGUUUAUUCACAAAUUACACGAUCUUUGUAUCUACUGGCCUGGUAUCCAGUGGCUUGUGUUUUGUUGAUUGUGCCACGUGAGAUGUGGAGGUAGGGAGUGUUGUCUAAAUCUUGUUUUCUUCUACCCAGUAUCAUAUGAUACACAAGUCACCCUAAAAUUUCUCUGAACAUGUUUUCAAAUACCCUUUUCAAGGUUUCUAUAACAAAUAACAUAAUGUAUAUAUAACAUGGUGCCUAUUCCAUUUGGUCACUCGUAUGUUGUUGCCAUAGAUGACAACUUUAUGUACAGAAUGAUGUGUGAGUGUACGCUGCCUGUAACUGAUGCUCAUGUCAGUGAGAUAUGUAACACGAUGUGUUAGUUUUAUGACACCUUGUAUAUUGUUAUCUCUGUACAUUCCUUUGAAAAAAUAUAGUCCUUCCCUUUUUUUGUUUGAAAUUCAAAUACAUUUUUGUCAUCUUUAUGGUUACCAAUGAUUUACCCCAUACAUUUUUGUUUUUGUCAAUAUAAUAUAUUAUUAUGCUAUAAUGUAAAACUGUCAAAUAGCAGUUUGAAAAAUUGAACAUUGAUGUGUAGAGACUGGACAUUUUAGAGACAAAGGGAUAGGCAAAGCUUUCUUACUCUCAGAUUAGUCCGCACAGAAGAGAUAGGCAAAGCUUUCUUACUCUCAGAUUAGUCCGCACAGACAGUGGGCAUGUAUCUAGAAUUUCAAUCUCUGAAAAUUUUCAUCAUCCCAAAUUUAAACCUUUAGAAUUUUGAUCAAAGUGGGUUUUUUUUUUAUUGUGUCAGUAACAUUGUUACAUUCAAAUUUAAUAGAACCUGACCCCGUCUCCUUGUGGGUAUGCCCCUGAUAUAUGAGGGUAGUUGGGGUUUUUUUCAUACAUUUUCUGGCCAGUUUUUUUUUUUUUCUUUACCUGAGUUUUCACUUAGAAUUUUAACUCCCAAGGAAAGACGAUUCGAUACCUCUCUAUUAAAACCAAGUAUUCAUGAAAAAUACAGGAAUUUUAAACUUAUGAUGACCAAGCUGUUUCAUUAUUUAAAUGUAUCUUUCUGAAAUAUCUUAUUUCAACUCCUUUUCAUUAUUGUAGCACCAUGUUUCUUCUUAGGAUCCUAACAGUAAUGUUGUACCAUGGGCUCAAUUCAUUAUUAUUCAUUCCAUGAAAGAACUCACUGAUGUCUUUAUUAUGGGUAGAUUUCUGUAACAAUCCUUUGGUCUGCUUCUAGGGGUUCAAGUGAAGGUUUUUAGCAGAUAUUCUCUAGGUAUAUUCAGUUACUAUUGGUUUUUAUUUUUGUACUAGUUCAGUACCGGUAAUGAAAAUAUUUAAUGACCACCCACAGCUGAUGAAAGAGACCAGCUAGUAGAUUUGCUUGGUUUAACGUCAUGAAGUAUGAUCAAGCCAGAAUCAGAAGAUGUCAUCAUUCAUAGACAUUACUUUUGUAAUUCUCUCGUCAGAGAUGGGAGCAACAGUAGCCAUUUGGUUCUCAUUAACACAUAAUGAACUGCAAGCCUAGAAUAGACAGAUAACUCACUUGAGUCCUUGCCCUCUAUACAAAUUGGUAUGCAACUUAUUGUUAGAUAAGUCUUAAUGCCAUCAUGUGGAGUUGUGUUUAUUUUGAUGUUUGCCAUUGUUUGGUAAGUUAGGCAGCAGCUCAUUCGGCCAUCUAUUAACAUGUCACUCAUAGUGUGCUGUCACUCUGUCACUCAUAGUGUGCUGUCACUCAUAGUGUGCUGUCACUCAUAGCGUGCUGUCACUCAUAGUGUGCUGUCACUCAUAGCGUGCUGUCAUUCAUAGUGUGCUGUCACUCAUAGUGUGCUGUCACUCAUAGCGUGCUGUCAUUCAUAGUGUGCUGUCAUUCAUAGUGUAAUGUACAUUCAAAUUCAUAAUGUACACCUUCAUUACCAAAAUUUAGUUGUUUUUGUUUUUUAAAUUUUUGCUGUGUUUAAAAAGUCAUUAGAGGUGGUAGCUACAAAAGAGAAUUAUAUAAAUAUGUUUAGGAUUUGAAUACCCAUAAUAUAAUGUUAAGAGUGAAUUGUGGUGGUGUUGUAUAUUUAUUGAAUCAUUGG